AUGGAUUUUUCGGUAAAUCCCUUUAAGAGACCUAUGAAUACCUUACAAAAACAAUGGUAUCGUAUACUCAUAGCACGUAAAGUGGGCAUUAGUACACAAAAUGAACCACUUCAACCUCUAGAGGAUACUUAUCAAACAAAAUGCCGUAAGCGUUACAAACAAGCAUUCCAUUGUUACAAUCAACAAUUUCGCAGGGAAAUUAAACAACUGGAGGCUAUGCAACCGAGUGCCAUAGAUGCCAUGCGAGUACAUAGAACUUUUGCCAUCACAACACUUUGGCUUCCUUUGCACUCAAAGCGCGAGAUCAACUUGACACUAGAACAACUGGAAAAUGUUUUAAGUGUCAAAGAAAGACGACGCUUGCACCAUAUUUUAAAAUAUGGCAUUGGUGCGAAAUGAAUACAAAAAUCUCUAACAGCCUCCUACCCUAACAACCAGUUCAUCACCAACCCGCCCAGCAACUAACCCAGUAACAGCAAACAUUUAUUUCACCAGCUUGUAGUUGUUUUAUGAAGUACUGCAGUGUAUCAUGCUGGCUUUAGUAUUUUAUACCGUGUAGUCUAGUGUAAUAAGAAGCCCAAAAAUGUAACACCAAACAACAACAGUUGUUGUGUAUGCCGUAUUCUAGAAGUA